CCUUCCCUGAGGAUCUAUGAGGAAAGGCACAUGGAGGACCUAUAAAAAGGACCCCAUGCUCUUCUGCCCAAUCUCCCCCAGCAGAAGGCAUGACCCACGAUCUAUAUGGGCUCAUUUGGACCCUAUUCUUCAGUUCCUGGCAAAAGACCACACUAAUGUCCAAAGCCUUCACUUUUUUAGUGAUAGACCUGCCACCCAAUGCAAGAACCGUGCAAACUUUUAUAUGACAGCCACUGAACCACACCAAAGAGGUUUCUCAACAGUGAUGUGGAACUUCUUUGAGGCAAGUCAUGGAAAGGGUGCACCAAAUGGAGUGGGGGCUGCACUGAAAAGAACGGCAUUAGUUAGGCAAGGUAGAGAUAUGCCAAAUGCAGGGACCUUUUUCCAACUGCUAAAAGAUACAGGCAAGGUUAAACUCUUCUAUGUAAGUGAGGAGGAAGUUGAGAAGAAGGGUGAAGGUUUGAAAGAAGUGUCCCUGUUCACCAUCAAGGGCACAAUGAGGAUGCAUGAAGUCCUCAGUGAUUCGCAUGGCAUUCUAAAACACAGGAACAUCAGCUGUUUCUGCCAUUCUGCUGAGGGAAUCUUUGGCUGUUUAUUCUAUGGUCUAGAAGAGGUUAGCUAUGGAUGCAAUUGAUGAAACGGAUGAAGAGUUUAGACCCAAUGUCAUCGAGCACCAUCGCAGUGGGCAAUGGUGUGUUGUUUGCGAUGAUGAUGAACCCUACCCUAGGAUAAUAUUGAAGGUGGAGGAAAAUAAUGUGGAAGUCAAGUGCAUGCACUGAAAUGGAGUGCCCAGAGAUGAUAUUAACUGGUAUCAUGAUGACCAGAUCAUGUGCCUGAUGAGCCCCUAGCACUGAAUAGGCAUUCAGCUGAAAUUGAUCAGAGGUCCUGGGAGCUCAUUCUGAGACAGCUAGACAAGUGAAAUAAGGCAACAUAAAUUGUAAAAUAGGGACAGUUUACCCCUCUUAAUUAUAACCUAGUAACAUAGCAUGACAUAAAAAAUAGUAGCAGACAAUUGUAGUUUAGAUAAUGGUCUUUGUUGGGCCUUUUUUAGUUGUUACUCUUAAUUAAGUUCAAAUGUGCUUAAACUGUUGUUUAUGAACGUUCAAGUGUUUUGAGCGAUUGUCAAUGAGUUUGACUGCAUGCCAAAUGAAACCAUUUUCUUAAUUAGAAUUGAAGAAUAAGAAUCUUUGGUCUUGUAUGUCACUGGCAUUUCAUUGUGUCACUGGUGUUACUGUGUGUUUUUUCUGUAUCAUUAAAUAAAAUGUGUCAUGUUUGACAGGAUGAUGAUUUUAUAUUCAUGAUAUUUUGCUACACUGAAGAGUUCAGAUUCCAAGGAUUGCAUAAUUACUUAUUUAUAACAGUUAUUUUUAAAAUAUUUAUAUUUUUAUAGGAAAUUCAUGGU